AUGAACCAUACGCCUCUUCUUGAAUCAAGCCCUCAAACCCACGCAUAUCUCCCAACCCCAACCCCAACCCCUCACAUCACCAUGUCCCCCAGCAAAACUCCAACCCCAGAUCCCCUCGACCCAAUCUCCACAUGGCGCGCCUGGCAAACCCUCACCAUAAUCUACACAAUCCUGCUGAAUCGCCAAAUCCGCCGACGCUGGCUCCUCGAACAAAUUUGCAUGCAAGACAACCCUCUUUACGACCGAUUCCAGCCCCUGAUCUUCCUCGAACCAGUCCCAACCCUCCAAGAGCCCAACACCAACCCAACUCCCUCAAAAUACGCAACCAACAACCCCUUCAACAGAUCCACGAUGCACAAACUACGCACGAGAGCCGCGGUCCUCCGCGCGCGCGUCGAAAAGGGCAAGGAACUCGCCUCCGAGAUCGAGCGGCGCAUGGUCCAGGAUCCGCCGACCAGGUUUCCGACGCAUUUCUGUCACACGUGUGUCCAGGAUGGGGAGAGAGUUGAGAUUUUACUCACCAAGUGUGGACAUCGGGUGUGUAGGACUUGUCUUGGAUAUGGGGUUGAUGGGAACGGGGUUUAUGAGUGUAGUAUUUGUCUUGGGCCGACGGGGUUUGUAGCGCGGAGUCCGUUGGGAUUGGAUGGGGAGUAUUCUGGGGAGGUUUCUUCGAUUUUGACGGGGCGUGGGGGGGAAGGGGAUGGGGAUGAGGAUUGGGACUUUAGUGAGGUUUUGUUCGCUGAUUGUUGA